AUCAAGAUCAGACUACGAUCAAGACACCACGUUGUUUACCUAAGGAUGGAGUUCGUCCCUCACCAGUUUGCAAUGAUCCGCGUCUUUCUCUAAAGAGGACGGGACGGCUGCCACAUUUGUGAACACAUAGGGCGCCACCAGGACCCAUAGAUCACAAUUUCACAGCCUGAAAAAAAAAGAACUGAGUAGAUGUUCGGAUAAUUUUUUGUCGAUAUACUACAGUUUUUUGACAUUUGUGCUACUGGUUAAUCAUGCCAUUAACACCCAUAUUGAGGAAGCCAUCAGUAAUGUCUCCAGUAUCGAACAAGAAAGUGCUCUUCUGUAUGCGGGAAACAGCUCGCUCCCUUAUUUUCAAGUUCCGAGACACACGAGAUCCAUCGGUCUUUGCCAGCACUUUUGAGAUUUUGACAACAUCUGCUUCUGAGGAUGAGAAGAUAUCAUGGCUGUCUCAAAUGACAGAAUGUGUGCCAUUAUUAGACCAGAAAGUUGAUUUGUUGGUCCUAGAAUUUUUGAAAAUUCCAUGGUAUAAACUUGAAAAGCUGUCCAUAGCUGCUGAGAGUUUUAUCAUCAAUCUUGUCACAGCCCACAAUUACUACACCUACAGUGUUUUGAAGCAGCUUUUUACCUUGAUAACAGGUGUUGAUGAUGAGGAAAAUGAGAGAGCAGGAGUGCUGAGUGAAAAUCAGGAAGCAUAUUGCUGGAGGCUUGUGGGAUCAAUCUGUGCCAUCCAUAAGCAAGUCCCUAUGAGCCGGGACCACCUGUUGACGUUAGCAAGAAAGUGCAUGCCAUACUUCCGGCGCUCCAUCCAUGAUCAUGUAGCUUACACUCAUAGCCUGCUACUGUUGGCCAGCUACCUCCCUCAUCUUAGAGUGGGUCUGCUGGAAGUUAUUGUUACCAACAUGAUAACCAUUGACGUGCAUACUCCUCGUUCUGAGUUGAUGAAGGACCUUGAGGAUGAAGACAGUAGUGAUGAGGAAGAAAUGUUUAAUAUGGAGGUUGAUGAUGGUGAUGGAACGAUUGAAGCAAUAAGGAAUGAAAUUAGAGAAGAUCCUUGCAUGAGCCAUAGAGAUGGAAACACUCUGGAUGUACUCAUGGAUAUGAUGUUUCAUUAUAUACAUGAUAUUUGCCAUGGCAUCAAAAGAACCAUACAGCUAAAACAGAAUAUCAUCAAUUCUGAAAAUGCUGUUGAAUCCAGAAAAAAUGAAAAAAUGUGUCAUCUUAAAAGUGAACGUGUGUGUCAUCCAAGAAGUGUCAGAUAUGCUGAACUAGAAAAUCAAAGAACAGUUGGAUGUGAGUGUGGUGGAACAGAACAUGAUCUAGAAGCUCUUAAAAGCCUCUUUUCAGACCUCAAAGAAGUGUUUUCACGUAUAAUUUUAACCACACAUGCUUCUUCACAUACUCAGUUUCUUUUGUUUUACCUUCUUGCUUUACGGCCUGGACUUGCCACACACUUUCUAGAAUAUCUAAGAGUUAAGAAAUUUGAAAAUCCAAAUUGCUUUAGAGAUGAGAGACGCAAUGCCAUGGCAUACAUAGGAAGUUUGUUGGCACGUGGCAAAUUUAUUCCUUUCAGUCAUGUCCACUCGUGCUUGGAGAUCAUAUGUGCUUGGUGCUACCGUUAUCUCGACAAGCAGGAAACAGUGCAGACCACAAAUUAUGAGGACUUGCAGCUCCACUCACCUUUCUACUUUGCUUGUCAGACAGUGUUCUAUGUGUUCACCUUCAGAUACAAGGAGUAUACUGAAAAUUCAAAAAAGCUUGCCUUGGCACAAAGCCUAAACCUGGAACGACUUGUGCUGAGUCCACUCAAUCCGUUGAGGAUGUGCGCUGCCCCUAUUGUGAGUAAUUUUGCUGCAGUGACACGUCGCUUCCAGUUAGCUUAUUGUUACACCAUCAUGGAAAACAACAAACGUUUACAAAUUCCAUCAUCAUCCAUCGAUGAGAAAACCUUGGGCAGCACAUCCUUAGACAUGUUCUUCCCAUUUGAUCCUUAUCUACUUGUAAGAUCCAGAGGAUAUGUUGCCAACCAUUACCGAGAGUUUGAUGGGUUGCCAGAAGAAAUAGUGGAAGAAGGUGAUUCAGUAAAAGAUGAAGAAGCACUAGAUAUGAUUGUUUCCCCCAAAUCACUGGACUUCUCAUAUGGCCUCUCACCAGGUUACCAAAAAUGGUAGAUACAUAGAAAUGUAUGGACUCUAUAUGAUUUAUGUCUUGUUACCCUUCAUCUAGUAACAUGUAGAUGAGAAUUUUUCUGUAAACAUCACUUCAUAAAUCAUUCUUUUACAGUAUAAUUGGAUUAUUUGUGGUAAAAUAUUAAUUUACAUCACUUG